CCAAGAUCCAAGUAUCGCGACAACAGGUUCAUCAGGCUUGUUAGAGUUCCUGACCAGAGCCUGGAUCCUGGAUGGAAGGAAAGCUGAAGAGCUGUUGUCAACCAAAAGGUUCCCCAGCCUUAUUGAAGCUCCCAUUCCACCAGGCUCCGACAUUGGAAUCCAGGCUUUUCAAGAGGCAACGUGGCCCGUAACAAUAAGCUCCAGCACAUCCAAGUCGCCAUCUUGGAAGUGCUGGACCCGCUGGCAACUGUUGACAGACGCAGGGCAGCUGUCAGUGCUUCUGCAUUGGCCACUUUGUGGUUCCCUGUCAUCAUGCACUUGCAACAGUUGCCACAACGCCACCACAGCCGCACGGAUGCUGUUCGGACUCCCCUACGCCAAGCCCAGCAGAACAGCGCUGGAAUCCCUGGAACUGCUCCACCGUCGCGGACUGAAGCUGGCUCUCGGACUCCCACCUGGGGCGCGGAACGUCGCCGUGUACGCCGAGGCUGCCGCUCUCCCUCUAGAAACUUCGAGCUACCCAACACCUGCUGAACCAGCUCACCAGACUGAACAGGACAUCAACCGGAAGGGCGCAGCGUCUAAGGGACCGACAACGGAGCCGCUUUUCAUGUACACUUUUCACGCAGGACCAGCCGUUCCAGCCCAUCCCACCAGUCCCCGGCCCAGACGCUCCAUGGAGGCACCUCGGGACCGCCAUCCACACGACACUGCCAGGCCUGCCACGAAAAAAGGACGUCCGGAUGCGGUGGCACAGUUCCUGGCCGCCGAGCGCCUUCAUGAGAGCUACCAGGACUACCUGCAAGUGUACACGGACGCCUCAGUCGACCUUGGACGACGCGCCUGCGCCCUGGCCUGCCACAUCCCAGUAACACAGUUCUCCUGGGCCGAAGGAUUGUCCAGAUCCCUCUCCUCCACGGAAGCAGAGCUCCUGGCGAUUUUUUCUGUUCUUCCUUCCUCUUAUUUCUAUACCAGUUCUGCAUACAUCAUAAGAUCCCACCAGAGUGUGUGAUUCUUCAGCUUUAGUUUUGUGUUCUUCAUUUUUCUUUUCCCUGUCUUUCCGUC